AUGUCUGACCUAGGUGGCCCCGGUGGUGUGUCGGGACUUGCAGGUAAUAAUGGCCGGAGCCAGAACGGGGCUUCCCGAGCCGCACAAGGCCCAAUCCCCGUUAACACGCAUACUGCGAGUGGUGUACGAACGCCCACAGACAUCAUGAGACAGCGCCGGGAUAGAGAAGCUCGUAAAAAGGCUGAACAGGAGGCGAGAAAUCGGGAGCAGGAGGAGGCUGACCGCAGGCGGCUUCAGCAGGAGCAGCAGGCCAGGGCGGCCCAGGCAUCCGCACAGGCCUACUCUGCUGGCGUUGCUGCUGAUAGACCUUCACAGCGACGAGCUGCAGCGAGAGCUCCAGCCGCGUCCGAGCCGAGUCCCCGCCGGACAACAGAGGCUCAGCAGCCUCAAGGGCAGAUUCCCCCUGCUCAACCAAGGCAACCUGCCCCGGCUGCCGCAUUUCCUCCACAGCCAUCCUCACAGACCAAGCUUGCUCCGCAACAAACGCAGCCUCCGCCCAGCCAGCCAGUGACAUCCCAGGCUCAGCAACAGACUUCUGGCCAACAAUCUUCUCAGCAGCCACGCCGUGUGGCGUUUCCCCAUGCCUUUGAACGCUGGGAGACCCUGUCCUCUCACUGGGAGGGGUUGACGAGCUACUGGAUUCGUAAGCUUGAACAGAACAAUGAAGCCCUAGAGCGGGAUCCCGUCAGUCAGCAAAUGGCCCGUCAGGUGACCGAUCUCAGCGCUGCAGGUGCGAACCUCUUCCAUGCCGUUGUUGAACUACAGCGCCUACGCGCCUCUUCCGAGCGCAAGUUCCAGCGAUGGUUUUUUGACACCCGUGCGGAACAAGAACGGGCCAAGGAGCUGCAGGCUGAGCUGGAAAGACAACUCCGAACUGAGCGACAGGCGCGCGCAGAGGCAGCCAAUUCACUCCAAAAGGCAGACAGCGACAAAACCCGCAUUGAAGAGCUGCUCAAAGAGAUGCGCAGAGAACUCCAGAUCUCAAAGGACGAGGCUCGCCGCGCGUGGGAGGAGCUGGGUCGCCGCGAACAGGAAGAAAGAGAUCGCACCAAUUCCCUUCGUAACGGAGAGCCCACCUUGGUCGGAGGAGUGCAGGUAGUUCCAAUGAUUGCGGGGAUUCCACGACGAGACCCCGGCCGCCCUCCUACUCGAGAGGGCCCCUAUGCCGGAGGCGGCGAUCGCAAUGAUCUGUAUGGUGAUACUCCGGUAUCACCAGUGGGAACUGACCCGUUUGUCGAGGGCCAAAGGUCUGUACACGAGCCCGACGUGACAAGUUACUCCCAGGCUCCAGCACCUGCUUCCACCGCUGCUCAAGCUCAGGGACAUUAUGCUGGCCACUAUUAUGAGCCAGAGGCCCCGUUUCCUCCUGCUCAAACCACUGCCGGACGUGAACCUAGCAUAGGCAGCGGUGAGCCCGGUGAGGAUUAUGGCUAUCAGCAAAACCCCCAGAGUCGCCAGAUCAUCUAUCCCCGGCCAAUGUCCGAAGAGAGUGACGAAUACGAACACGGUUCGCUGGAUGAUAGCGAGCCAGGAUAUGUGACGAGCACCAUGCCGCCCACUUCUGGCGCCCUGUACGCCCCCGGUUAUGACCAAAACGUGGACUACAGCGGAUCCGGAUGGGGGCCAGGUUGGGAGUCUCUCACCCCUCGCCAUCGCCACCCGACGCGCCUCAGCGACGUCCUUGAAGAGGAAGAGCCCCGGACGACUCCCAGCCGUGCGAGCCGCGCCAGCCAGGCGAGCAGGAGCGUACAAUGA